AUGGCUAGACGGCAUUGGCUCGUACGACGCUUCAAGCGAUUUGGCAAGCACGUGACCGCCGUCAUCUACGGCGAAACAUCAGAGCCGGGCACCAGCAGUUCAGCGUUCAGUCGUUGCGCAAAGGCUGCAAGACACGAGCAGCAGCCGGCCCUUGACUACGUGGCUACGCAAUCGACAGCAUGCUCGCUCAAUCAGCACACGAACCUCCCAAACAGCAAAGAGGAUAUGGAACAAAUCUCGAAUAGAGCAUUUUAUCCUCUGGCUUCGCGGCCGACCGCGCCAGCACUUGGUCCCCGUUCUGGGAUCCCCGAUCUAUUCUACCGGCGCGACAGCAUCUACUUCCAUCUAUCAACCCGUCAACUACGCUGGCAGUUCAUGCCGCCAAAAUUCCACCACGACGUAUUCGACGCCGCAAAAAGAGUUAACAAUGUAGAAGCCACGAUAGGGCACACGUUCAGGAAUAAGAUGCUGUGCGUGGAAGCGCUCAAGAUGUCUGGCAUGCAUAGUCCGUUGUACUUCGAUGGGAGUAUUCACCCCGUGGCACCUAACAACCGGCUGGCGCUGUUGGGGGAUAGGGUCCUGAGCCUGCAAUAUGUGAGAUUUGAGCAGUACACCGAAAUGGACCAAGACACCGUAACUCGCGCCAGCCUAGCUGUUAAAGGCCGUGCUCUCGGCUUCCAUGAGGCCAUCUUACAGUCCCCAGGGAUGCAAUCAGCGAAAGCGAACAUGGUAGCUGAGACUUUCGAAGCUAUUCUUGGUGCUGCCUAUGUUGACUCAGGAAACCAACUUUCUGCGGUCACUAGGGUCAUCAAGAGGAUCGGAUUAGACGAGCACCGGUUGCUAAAAGUGCCCCAAUCGCUAGCACAAGAGCUCGCCCAGGAAAUGGGAGAGGGUAGAGCUGGUGCGGAUGCCGCGGCGGAUAUCCAGCCAAAAAGAGGAGAAGUGGACGUUAGCGCGGAGGAGCCCGCGCUUAUUCGCGGAAUUUCGAGUUCAGGGUGA